AAUUAUCUUAAAAACUAAGCUACACAUCCAUCAGCCAAUAAAAUUUCUUCCUCGCCAGAAGAACCUCUUCUCUCCUCUCCAUCAAACACCUCCUUGUAUCCUCUUUCCUCUCAUUUUCCCUCACUUUCCUUCAUCUUCUCUCCAUCCAAACAGCCUGUGAAACCAAAAAUUCUCUCUAAAAUCACUGCAAAAUCUCGCAAAUGAAGAUGCUGUCAAUGGAGGAUUCACGCUCGCAUGCAAAUCUUCUUCUUUCAAUGGCCCGCACCGUUUCGAUUUCAAUUGCUGUACGGACUCGACGGUCUCAAACGGUUUCUUUUCCUAUACGUUUCACGCUCCCUCAACAACGAAUAUGUACAGUUAGUGGUUACUAAAACGGUAUAGUUUUCUGCCGUUAUUUGCUCGUUUUUCUUUUCCAGUUCUUUCUUUCUUUCUUGUCUUUUCUGUGAUUUGAGGGUUUUAAGUGAAGAUUUGUUAGGGCUAUUGUGCGAAUUUGGCUAAUUCUAGUGUCGAUUUGGUAAAAUCUCAAGAUUCAUUGAAAAUUAGGGUUUCAAAAGGUUCUGCGUAAAUUUGAAGUUUUUCUGGGGGUAUUUCGGUCAUGUAAUACCUCUCUAUGCGUUAAGGGACUGAAUGAAAAAUAUCAAGAACUCUGAAGGUUCUCGUGGAAAUUUGGAGUCUCGAUAGGGGUACUUUGGGCUUUUCGGAGUUUUCUGCUUCAAAUAAUUGGAGGAAGUACGUCGAGAACCGUGUGUGAGAUUUGAAGCCUUGGUAAGGGUAUUUUGGCCUUUCGAAGUUCGCUGAUUUGAAUUUUGACUUUUGGCGGGAAAAUUGUGGCAAUGGCUGGAAAUCGUGAAGUUGGGUUCCCGAAGACAACUGCAAGUAGUUUAAGGGAACAGUUAGCAAGAACUACGCUUAGUAGAGUGAGGGCACGAGGACACCCUUAUUUGGAGCUUCGCGAGGAUGGCAAGCGGUUCAUAUUCUUUUGUACUUUGUGUCUUUCCCCGUGCUAUAGUGAUACCAUUUUGCUUGAUCACUUGAGGGGUAAUCUUCAUACCGAGAGGUUAUCUGCUGCGAAAGCUACUCUUUUGAAACCGAACCCGUGGCCCUUUAGUGAUGGGAUUCAUUUCUUUGAUGCUUCGAGUGGGAAUGAGGAACAGUUGGCAAUCAAGGAUGGUAAAGAGAGUAGUAGGUUCUUGAAGUUCGAAGAGAACAGUGAUAAUCUUGCAAUUGUUAAAUAUGUUGAAAAUCUUAAACCUGGUUGUGAUACGGUUGUUGAUGAGAAUUUAAGUGGUAGUGAUGAGGGUUCUGAUCUGGUGAUUCCGAGUGUGCGCCUUAAAGAAGAAGUUUCUGAUUUGAAAGCAAGGCUUGUGGGUUCUGGACAGAUUGCUGCCAGGAUGUAUGAGAAGAAGGAUGGUUCAAAUGAGAUUAGUAGAAUAUGGUGUGAAUGGCUGGGGAAAAAGAGUUCUAAUGAUGAGGAUAAGGUCAAGGUUUUGGAUCAUGACUUUGGUGUUGUAACUUUUGCUUAUGAUUACGAAUUGGGAAAGAGUGGAUUGUUUGAUGAUGUGAAGCUAUUGCUCUCUUCUAGUGCUCCAGCACUGACAGAAAAUGAUGAGAGGGGUAAUUGGAAAAGGAAGAGAUCUGUUUCUGAGCCAGAGGAUGUUAGUAGAUCUUUGACUAAUCAGUAUGGUUUAUGCGAGGAAGAAUCUUCAAAGACAACUUGUGCCUCUUCUAAUCUGGCGCUGGAUCGAUAUGAUGAUCAGCUUAUGCACACCAGAUUUAUAUCAAGCAAGACAGUAAGGCGAGAGGUAAGAAAGCAACAGCGCAUAGCAGCAGAAAAAAUGUGUGAUAUCUGUCAGCAAAAGAUGCUUCCUGAGAAAGAUGUAGCAACGCUUUGGAACAGGAAGACUGGAAAACUUGCUUGCAGUAGCAGAAAUGUGUAUGGGGCAUUUCAUGUGUUUCACACUUCCUGCCUUAUACACUGGAUACUCUACUGUGAGUUUGAAAUUGUUCGAAAUCAGACAGUCAGUACCAAAGGGGGGCGAAGAUCUAGGAAAAAGAAUGGAACCAAAUCAAAUACAACAGGAAAGGAUGGAACAGUGAAUGUUUUGCCAAACCCAAUUGUUUCCGUGUUCUGUCCAGACUGCCAAGGCACCGGUGUGAACAUUGAGGGAGAUGAGUUUGAGAAGCCACUUACCCCUCUUUCAGAAAUGUUCAAGUACAAGAUCAAAGUGAGUGAGGGACAUAGAGGAUGGAUGAAAAAUCCAGAGAUCUUGGAGAAUUGCUCAACAGGUUUUCAUUUCCCUUCACAAUCUGGAGAACCAGUUCAGGAAAAGGUGUUGCCGCUGAAGUUGCUGCAUUUCUAUAGACCUGAAGAGUAGAGUUGGGCACAAGUUUGAGUAGCCGAACCUUUCAAUUGACUUUAGUUUCAGUUGUAGGAUGUAGAUUUUACUCUUAACAAAGGUCUUUAACCUGUUGUAUAGGUAAUUGCUAUGAUCCUUUCAAAACUACAAAUAAACUCUUCAGGUAGCAGAAAUAGGUUUUAUUAGUUCAUUUACUUUUGUGCAUAGCUGUCUCAUAAAACAAUGCAUUGACCUGUUGUCUAACAGGAUGAAUACAUACAUGAUUGUGCAUGGCUGACAUUUCUGCUCUGUGUGUAAAUGAAUUGGUAUGGAAGCCAAUCGUGAAUUUAAAUUUAAAUUGCUGAAUUUAUUACGCUGUC